CUCUCUCUCUCUCCCAAACCGCAUCCACUUUCUGAUACCUCUUUCCUUCUCCUGCUCUUUGCUUCAUACAUUCUCACAACGUAUUUUCACUUUUGAUCAGUCAAUAAUAAUUGUCCAUUACUGCCUCACGAAUCCUGAUCAUCAAUGGGUUCUAGAGCACGAUGGCGCCAGAGUUGGGCACCACAGCCACUAACGCCGUUAAUGGAAGGUCCAGACCCAGAUAUGCAAGAAGAAGUUUCCAAGAAAGAGAGCUCAUGGGAAGUCAUAAGGGAAUGGUUCAAGGCUCAGAAGAUUUCCCCUGGAGGAGGAGGAAGCUUCUCGUCUUCGUCGUCCUCAUCAUCGUUCUACGGAAGCAUUCAUGCAAAGACACAAGAUUUGAGGCUCUUGCUUGGUGUCUUGGGGUGUCCAUUGGCUCCAAUUCCUUCAGCACGUGAUCCUUCUCUCAGCAUUCACAUCAAAGACACCCCUUUUGAAACUUCAACGGCCAAGUACAUCAUACAACAGUACCUGGCAGCAACAGGUUGCUUAAAACAACAAAGGGACACAAAAAACAUGUAUGCGGCGGGGGUGGUGAAGAUGAUAUGCUGCGAGACGGAGAUUUCGUCCGGCAAGGCGGUGAAGUGUUUGGGAACAAGGAGCACCGAGAACGGCUGCUUCGUGCUAUGGCAGAUGCGGCCGGGAAUGUGGUCACUUGAGUUGGUGGUUGGUGGCCAUAAGGUCAUUGCUGGCAGCAAUGGCAAAACUGUGUGGAGGCACACACCUUGGUUAGGAACUCAUGCUGCUAAAGGUCCACAACGCCCUCUCCGCCGCAUUAUUCAGGGGUUAGAUCCUAAGACCACAGCAAGCCUAUUCACCGACGCACAAUGCCUAGGCGAGAAUCGAAUUGGGACCGUUGAUUGCUUCGUCCUAAAGGUUUCUGCAGAUCGAGCGGCUGUGAUCGAAAGAAGCGAGGGCCCCGCUGAGGUGAUAAGGCACAUACUAUACGGCUACUUUUGCCAAAAGAGUGGGCUCCUCAUAUACUUAGAAGACUCCCACCUCACAAGGGUCCAAACACAAGACAACAAUGAUACGGUGUAUUGGGAGACCACCAUAGGGAGCACUAUCGGCGACUAUCGAGACGUGGAUGGUGUUCUGAUCGCCCAUCAAGGACGGUCAAUCGCAACCGUGUUCCGAUUCGGUGAGCUGUCGAUGCAGCAUAGUAGGACCAGGAUGGAAGAAAUAUGGACCAUUGAUGAUGUUAUGUUUAAUGUGCCGGGAUUGUCAUUGGAUCACUUCAUUCCUCCUGCGGAUAUCUUUGACAAUACUACUAAUUCUCCUUAGUAAGGUAACUUCGUUAGGGAACUUUCUCUUUAUUUUUUUUCUCUUGUGCAUGUAAUGUUAAUUGUAAUUUUACUUUGGUGGGGUAUAAUUAAAGUAUUGGUGGGGAUGGUGUAACCUUUUUUCUUUUCCUUUGUUCUUUUCCUUAUUAAUGUAAUUUUGUAGUGAGAAUGUAGCUGUGGCUUAGCUCAAAUGACAAAUUCAAAAGAGGGGGAGGGGGGUGGAAUAAGUUGCUCAAUGUUGAGAUAAUGGUAUAUGUCAUGUAUUUAAGAAUUUCAUAUGGAGAAAAUAUGUUCAAUGGGGUUGACGGGU